AUGCUUCUUCCCUGGCUUAACGGCCGCUUGGACCUGCGCCAGGCCUACAUGUUCUCGUAUGCGAACAUCAUAGCCUUGUUACAGGACAUUGUACGCUGGCCAGCCGUAUACGGCGUUCCCGCCGAGAAUGUCAACAUGCUAGCAUCAAUACACCAACGUAUUGAUCAACUUCGCCAGCCAAAUGGCCCUAGCUAUCUUGUUCCCCCGCCGCCCCAGAGCAUCGACCGUCGCGCGAACCCCCGAUGGCCCCAUAGUAUAUCUGAGCUCCGGCUCAACAAGUCGACCUGUCAUGGUGUGGAUUACUGGGCACUCCCCGACUGUUUAGGGCUUUUUUUAAGCAGCCUGGGUCGAGCUCCAGCGGGAGCAAGCAAGAGGAACUUCUACCUCCCGCUUUUGUCUGGGGAGAUUAGACAGAAGCCAAGGGUCUAUCAGUGCACCUGGACGCCAGCUGGAGAGUUUCAUCUUGGUGCCUCCAGGGGAGGUUGGAGUGUGAGGAGGGGGAUAGGCUCCUGGCUCGCUGUUCUUGACCGCGCUCGCUUUGGGAUCAUCAAGUCUGCAGUGCUUGAAUUGACCAAUUGGUCACAAGCAUGGACGCCGACCAUUGCGAGACGAGGAAAGAAAGCCGGAAAGCCCUUUGGCCGAUGUGCGGAAACCUAUCCUUUCCGUAAACUUCUCAUGGGGAAGCCCAAAGAAGUGGCAGAGCAGGUGUGUGGCUUGGCGCUUAGCAAUAAGUACAUAUAUACUGCGCCUAGCGUUUGGGACCCGUGUCCCAAUUGUGAAGUUCUUAUCGAGAUCCACAAGGGCAAAAUCAGCAAUUUCGAUCGCUGGACUGAAUGCGUGGGUGCCCCGCCUUGA